GCAAAAAUACAAAUGGACAAUCUGACAAUAUCAUGGAUUGAACGAAAUGAACCAGCUUCAAUGAAACAAAAACAAUCACGCCGUGCAGCACGGCCGGAACUUGUGCUCUGUUGUUGCUAUCAUCCUAGCGGUCGAAAUAUAAUGACGGGAUCGGCCGAUAAUCAUAUAACUGUAUGGGAUGCAGAAAAUGGCGCAUGCGCCGAUAAACUCGGAGGCCAUUCUGCUUGGAUAUGGUCUAUCAAAAUAACGAAAGAUGGAACAAAUAUGUUUUCAUCGUCUUCAGACCGGAGCAUCAAACUUUGGAAGUACACUAAAGAUAAAAUAUGGAAAAUUAUUUCAACAUUUUACGGCCACUCCCAUAGAGUUGUUUGUUCGGCCAUAAACUCGAUGGAGACCAGAUUGGUAUCAUCAUCUUUAGACUGUACUCUUAAAGUUUGGAACAUCGAUGUUAUGAAGCAGACGACUUCUAGGAACGUGGAUGUAAAUACAGAACCUAACUUACAUUUUAACACACUGGCUAUUUCUCCUUCAACGUUACAAAUUGCAAUGUCGAACGGAUGGUCGCAAACAUGCAGCAUCCGAAACAUUGACAGCUCAGAAAAUGACGGCUCCGUUGAAACAGAGAGACAUUACGGUUUUAUAAAAAAGGCGGAAUUCACGAGCGACGGAAGUAAACUUGUUGUAAUAGACCAUGGUCAUACUGGCGACUAUUUGGCAAAAUCAGCCCUUAAAGCUAAGUGUAGUGUGUACUAUGCAAUGGACUGUAAAAAGUUGCAUGAACUAAGUGUAAGCAGUGAAGACGGCCCAACAUCAUUCUCUUGUAGUCGCUCUUAUAUAGCUGUCGGCACACAUUUAGGCAAAGUCUUGUUGUUUAACAUUGGUACCUACGACACUAUUACGAGCUGGAAAUGGGAGCCAAACAUCGUGCAGAUCGCGUGUUCUCUUGAAGGAGAUCACGUGAUUACAGCGGCGGGAAAAGAAUGCUCUGUGUGGAAAAUAAAAGAAAACAAACACAGUCUUGUAUUGGACUUGCCGGAACAUGAUACUGACAUUACCAUUGCAGUAUUCUCACCAAGCGGACUUACUUUUAUAACCGGAGUAGAGUCAGGAAAAAUCUACGUUUGGAAUAUCUUAAACAGUUCCGUUAAACUGCAACAUACCUUAACCGGCCAUACUGCAUCAGUUAAAGAUAUAUGUUUUUCAAAGUCAGGGCGUUUCAUGGUUACAUGUGGGGACCUAAGCGCAAGGGUAUGGGAUGUAGAAAACGGAUAUGACCAGAGAGGGGUUUACUAUGCACCUAUAAACUGUGUAGUGUUUAAAUCAGAGCAAGAAAUACUUACUGGGGAUGCAGUUGGAAAGCUGAAUAAUAUUUGCUUCUAAUGGAAUUUAGUGUGAGAAAUCAGGGUAUGACUUGAGAUGGGGGUUAAAGUGUCAUAUUUCAAAAUAUUGUGCAAUAAAUUAACAUAAACCCCAAGGCAUAAGGAAUAUUUCAUUUGGUUGGAACCAUAAUUCAAAUAUUUAUUUAACUUUGAUUUUUAUAAGAAGUAACUUCACAUCGGCUCCCAACAACAGCAAAAUAAAACCCUUCCGAAGUAUCUAAUAUAUACAUGUACAAAUAUUUAUUUACAUUUGCACUGUUGAUUGCAUCCACCAUGUGAGGUGCUACUUUCAUGGUUAAUUGUUAAAAUAAAUAUAUCAUUAUUCUGCUUACGAGAACAAGUAAAGCAACUCGCACUUCCCAUGCAUUUUUUUUUGCUAAAUCUCAAAUAAAUUCAUAACGCUACUUACACUGCAGGCGAUAUUUUUAACUUUUACCGAAACCCGUUUUCUGCUAUUUAUAAACUGAUCGGUACUCUAGAUGCAAAUAUCUUAGUAAAAUUUUGCGAAACAAUCUUGAUUUCACACUUAAUGAAACUAAUCAAUGGAACAUACAUGUAUAUCAAACUGGGGCUUUAAGUUCUAAACCAGCACGUGUCUUUCUUUCUGCUUUCAUAUUCUCAUUUAUAAUCUAUAUACACGAAUAGGAUAGCUUUUUUACAUGAUAAAAUUAUAAAUAAUACGGGCGUUUUUGUAUACAUGUAUUUUAUACAAAAUGUUUAUAUAAGAAAAAAUGGAAUAAAAACUUGUGAGGAUCA